AUGAUUCCAGCGAUGCAUGAAAAUGAAGCAAUUGAAAUGUCAAACUAUAGCAAUGUCACCGAUGCUUCAAGCAGAUUCGCAGAAACUUAUAAUGAUUCGUUAACUCUAAAGUUAAAAAUUUGGUGGUGGAAUUUAACAAAAAAACAACGACAGUUUUACAUUAGUUCAUUGUUGAUCUUUGUUAUAUUAUUUACAAUUGUUAUUAUAACUAUAUUCAUGCAACGUACACCCGAUGAUUCAUAUCAAACUUCAACAGCUACGUACACAACAACAACAUCAGCAACUUCAUCUUCGAUAACAGUCUCUCCGUCCAUAUCAACAAUUUCAACAAACACUUCUAUUGUUACACUCACACUCACAGCUAUACCAACCACGCCGAUAGCUUCGAUGAAUUCCAACGAUUCUCAAUUAUCCGUUUUGAAAGAAAAUUCAUCGACAGUGACGUCGACAGCAUUAAAAAUGAUGAAUUCGACGUCCAUAAAAUCGACAAUAUUCGUUAGAAAUGACAAAACAUCAGUGAUAUAA